UCUCGAAAGUGAGAAAGAUAGCAGAAAGUGUGGCGAGUACUUCGUGCACAUUUACACAGAAACCUGUCCCGAUAUUUCCUUAAAUACCGGCCCGAACAAAGCUUUCUGUCAGCGGCUAUCUUCCCCGGUGGGUGUGUCCUUAGAUGCGAUAUUUCUGCGGCAAUUGAUAAGUGAGUGUGAUAAAGAGAAACUGAGGCCUGGCAGCACAGACACACACUGCACCCUGACUGGACCACAAGAGGGGUAGAACCGCACGAAGAGACCCCUCGAGCGAAAGAUGAUCAUUGAAGACCUCGAAGCCUUGAAGACAUGGCUCUCAAAGACUCUUGAACCAAUAUGUGAUGCCGACCCUUCUGCACUUGCAAAAUAUGUGGUUGCCUUGGUGAAGAAAGACAAAUCGGAGAGGGAGUUGAAAGCACUAUGCAUUGACCAGUUGGAUGUAUUUCUCCAGAAAGAAACACAAGAGUUUGUGGAUAAACUUUUUGAAGCUGUGAAUACGAAGAGUUACCUACCUCAACCCGAGCAGUCAACUUCCACAAACAGAACCGAAUCUCACCAGCGCACAGAAAAAGAUGAACCAAAAAGAGAGGAGCAGCCCAAUCGAGAUGAAGACAGAGACAAGAAAUUCUCAAGGAGAACAAACCACAGUCCUCAGUCUGGCUCCAGAUACAUCCGAGACAACAGGAGAGGAGAUGACCGCAAGAAGGACGACCGCUCCAGGAAGCGAGACUUCGAUCGCAACCCGCCCAGAAGGGACUCGUACAGAGACCGCUACAACCGCAGGAGAGAUCGCAGCCGCAGUUACAGCCGCAGCCGUAGUCGCAGCUGGAGCAAAGAACACCCUCGCGACAGAGACAAGAACAGAGACCGCAGCCGAUCGCGUUCUCGCUCACGGAGUCGCACCAGAAGCAGAGAGCGAGAUUCUGCAAAGUCAAAAUUUGACCACAGUCGUCCAGAGCGUCAGGAGGGUGCAGUCACUGAUGGCUACAGCGCAACGCCUGUUACGCCCGGGAACCCCUCGACUCACUUUCCUGUGCCCACCCUUAGCAGCACCAUCACGGUUAUUGCCCCCACCCACCACGGUAACAACACCACAGAGAGCUGGUCGGAGUUUCCGCCGGACCAUGCGCUGUUCAACAGAGGUGGCCCACCGCGGAAACGCUGCCGUGACUAUGAUGAAAAAGGGUUCUGCAUGCGAGGAGACAUGUGUCCUUUUGACCACGGAAGUGAUCCAGUCGUGGUGGAGGACGUUAAUCUCCCCAACAUACUUCCCUUUCAACCGCCGCCACUCCCCGUGGUGGAUGGCCCACCUCCACCUGGCCUGCCCCCCCCUCCGUCACUCCUGAACCCACCAGUGAAUCUCAGGCCACCCAUGCCUACGCCUGGCAACAUGCCCCCUAGCUUACCACCUGUCGCUGGUCCUCCUCCUCCUCUUCCACCUCUUAAGCCGUCUGGUAUGGACGCUCCUCCGAACUCCAUCACCAGCUCUGUCCCCACUAUAGUCACGUCAGGUGUUCGGCCUCUGCCUCCUCCACCCCUCUACACCACAGACUCGUUUGAGCCGGAUGUGUACAACCCUGAGGCUCCCAGCAUGACCUCACGGCCCAUGUACAGACACGGUGUCAACGCUCAGAGACCAAAUCUGAUUGGCCUAACCAUGGGGGAAAUGGAUCUCCCGCCUAGAGAAAAAAUGCAAAACCACAACAACACCGGGCGGAUCGUUUUAGAAUCAGACUCCAGGAAGAGAAGUGCAGGACUGCACGAUGGAGGGAUCCCACCGAAGAGACCCUGGUUUGACAGUUGGAGUCAUCUGCUCCACAGGCCAAACUUCAAGCCCAACCAUCACGGAUUUCACAGAAAACUUCCCUUCUCACCGAAUACUAAACUGGCCAUCAAACAGAUUCCUCCGGAACUCAACAACAUCAGCAAACUCAACGAGCACUUCAGCAAGUUUGGCAACAUGGUCAACCUACAGGUGGCGUAUAAUAAUGACCCAGAGGGGGCUCUGAUCCAGUUUGCGUCCCCUGAGGAGGCCAGACGGGCCAUACAGAGCACAGAGGCUGUGCUGAAUAACCGCUUCAUCAAAGUGUACUGGCACAGAGAAGACUCAUCGGAGCACCCACACGCCACACCACCUGUGCGAAAUGUACAGGAGCCUUUAGUAAACACAGUGAAACAGUCUGUCAAAGACCGGCUCGGACCCCUGCCCAUGGCACACGCUAAUCCCGAACAGGACCCCAGUGUCGUUCCACAGAAUGCAACCAAGUCUUCAGUAAAAGAGCGUCUGGGCUUCCCCAAACCAGCAGGAGGAAAGGUGUUUUCCACAUCUACUGGCCUGACUAAGACGGUUUAUAAUCCAGCAGCGCUCAAAGCUGGCCAGAAGGGGGCGGCGUUUGUUCAUAGUGUCAGUUUAGAAGACGCCUUAAAAAGAAAACAGGAGGCGCUAAAGCUUCAGCAGGAUGUCAGAAAGAAGAAACAGGAGAUCUUGGAGCAGCACAUACAGACUCAGAAGUUGUUGAUAUCAAAGCUGGAGAAGAACAAAACCAUGAAGGCUGAAGAUAAAAGUCAGAUCAUGCAGACUCUCACCGCCCUCACCAACAGCAUCACCAAACUCCAGGAGGAGAUCAAAUCACUGUCCAGUGCCAGCGUGCUCAAGACCACAGUCAAGAGUAAAGCCCAGGCUCAGAAGGAGCUUCUGGACACCGAAUUGGACCUUUAUAAGAAAAUACAGGCGGGAGAAGACACGUCCCAAUUGAAGAUUAAAUACACUCAACUACAAUUAGAGGCUGCCAAAAGAGGCCUUCUAACUCCUGGACGUGGGAGGGGGGCUCACGGCAGGGGUCGGGGGUCCAUGAGGAGCCGAGGUAGAGGCAUUCGCGGGCGCGGGAGAGGAGUUCAUGCUGUGGUGGACCAUCGACCCAGAGCGUUAGAGAUCAGCGGCUUUACCGAUGCAGAUCGAGUUGACCUCCUGCCACACUUUGCACAAUUCGGAGAGAUUGAGGAUUUUCAGAUGGAGGAUUCGUCUCUUAGUGCCAUCAUUACAUUUAAAAGUCGUGCAGAGGCAGAACAGGCGGCGAUCCACGGUGUCCGGUUGAAUAGUCAGGGCCUGCGCUUGGCCUGGCACAAACCUGCGGCCUCCCUCAACACAACAGACCCAGAUGAGACUGAACAAGAUGAUGAGGAGUUUGCUGAGGACUCGCUCGUCGACGAUUCGCUGCUGCAGGACGAUGACGAGGAAGAGGAAGAUAAUGAGUCCCGCUCAUGGCGCAGAUGAAAACACCCGGCUGCGUCCCGCCGCCCGAGCACAUCCCAUCGCGUGUUUUGUUUCAGAAAUUAUAGUUUUUAAAAGUUUGAUUUUCAUUUCAUUUUAUUUGACUAAUGAAACCUGAGCAGUAAAACUCAUGUCAGAAGGCUGUGAAAAUAUAAAAGAAUAUUUGCUUUUUUGUUCAGCGACUUUGUAUUGUGUCAAGAACCAAAAUGUUUGCUUUGGCCGGCUGCAUUUUUUUUAUUGGUCAAAUAUGUUGACCCAGUUUUCUUUUCAGCAAUUCUUACUGUUCGUUUAAAAAAAGCUAAAUGUUUCACUUUCAAAAGAAAACUGCUGAACACUUUCAUUGAACACAUGUUUAUGCUUUUCCUAGUAUAAUCAGCCUGAUGAGGAAUUCGCUUUUGUGUACAUAUUUUAUGUAUGAAUUUUAAUGGUUUGUAUGACUUCUUUGCUUCUGGGUUUCUUUAUGAGAUGUAAAAAAAAUAAAGAAGUGAAAUGGUCUAGAAAAGAUAUCAGCUGAAACAAAAAAGAUAAAAAUGACAGCUUUGCUUUAUGAGCACUGUUAUGAGAAAAAAAAAACAGAACAGCUGAAUAAAGACCGUUUCAUCCCCCCACCCCCCCAAUCCUCACAAAAAGAGCAAAUUUCCAAAACGUUCCUUGUGUAUCACAGCAUUAGCAGGUAGGUAUGUUGCACGGACGGCACAAACCGAGGUAAGAAAGUGGGUUUUUUUGGUCAUUUUUCCCCAUUUUUAUUUGCAGACUAAUCUAAACAUGUUCAUUUUGUCCAUUAGGUCCUGUCGGACUGGUCCCGGAUGAAGCUUGAACUACAUCGGAUCACCGCUGGAUACCAACCCAAACCGGCGUGGCCUCAUCGUGUAGACAACUGCCCUCAGCCGAACCACAAAUCCCAGACUCCCCAGCAACACGGCAAAAUUAGCUCCAUAAAUCAGUCAGGCUUCUGGGAAUAGGCCCCGUGUUGCCCGGAGCAAUGGAUCAUCCUAGAUACUGAUGUCAUGGGUGCAUGAAUCUCUGUGCCAUACGACUGAAGACCGCCGGCACAUCCAGUCAUCACUUAGGUUAAAAAUACUCAAAAGAACUGGAUGCGAGACAUGCAUUUGCUGAAUAUUUCCAUUUGUAUAAAUAUAUAGGCCUGCAUAUCUAAACCCAGAGCCUUGAUUUUAUUUGUUACAUGUGUGCAUUGUUUGUUUUGGCUGGUAUAUGUUAUAGCUUUCGUUUAUUCCUUUGAAGCAGAUUUUUGACUAUAAUUUGACUAUUGACAUGGUUAUGUGAUAAAUGUGCAGUCUAUUGGGAAAUACAUUGAUGAGAUGAAUAUAUGUAUGUCAUUGCUCUGGUGUGUUUUUCCUGGCAUUCUCUUACAGUUCUGUGGUUGUUCACUGGAUGGCAGUGUGCAGCACAUGUAUUCAUCACAUUUUUUUCAUCCAGAAUUGUGCUUAUGUGAUACAAGAUGAAGUUUGCAUGAUGGAUUUAAAUCAGAAUGGUUUGGUGUCAGAUUAAACUCAUUACUUUGUAAUGCUCACUGACACAUUUAUUUGUAUAUUUUCAGUACAAUUUAAUUUUUUUUACAUUUGAAUUCAUUUUAAGUAUAAAUGUUAUGUGCACAUUUUGUUGCGUAUUUCAGUACAAAAUGAAAAUUCUUGUCAUUUAUUCGACCUAUUGUCAUUUCAAACCUGUUGUUUUCUUUCCUCUCCGAAAUACAAAAGAAGAGAUUUUGAAAAAUGUUGUGAACAGAACAACGGCCGUAUAUCGACUUGCGUUGGUUUGUGUAUAUAAAGAAGUGAAUGGGAACCACCGUUGUUCGUGUACCAACAUUCUUCAAAAUAUCUGUUGUGUCCUGCGAAAGAAAGAAAGUCAUACAGGUUUGAAAUGACAGGAGAGUGAGUAAAUGAUGACAGAAUUUCAUUUUUGGGUGAACUAUCCCUUUAAUCAAGUUUGUUUUGAUAAACAGUAAUAUUGAAAAGUUUAGCGCCACUUGUCUGAAACGUAAUGAUAUUAACAAUCUCUUAAUCUCCAAUAUUGUGAUCAUUUUUUUUACAUUGAUAUAAUUGUGCCAACAUAAGUUCUGUCGUUAUAAUUAUAAAAAAAAAAUAGAGGACUGAAUAAUGAAAAAGUCACUGUUUAGUACUAUUCAGGAAGCAUCUUGAGAUGCCAAGACGUUGGAUGAUAUGGCAAGACUGUAGUCACUUUGAAGGUACUUGGCAACACAUUUUUAGUUGUUUUACUUAGUUUGUUUUUAUUUAUUUUAUGGUUGUGUAACUGUGUAUGUGACGAAUAAAAAACUUU